AUUAGUUUAAAUUUGUAACCAGCUGUAUUCAGUUCAAAGAUUCAACAUGAAGAUUCUGGUGUCGUUCGUAGUACUCGCUGUGUCCAUUAGCAUCUGUUUUGCGCUCAAAAAUGAGCUUUGCGGUCUGCCGCAUUCUUUAGAAGGUGGUCCGAACUUUUUCUGUGAAGCCUACCUACCAAGUUGGAGCUACAAUGCGGCGGCUACCGAAUGCGUGGAAUUCAUCUAUGGUGGCUGCGGCGGCAAUGACAAUCGUUUCAGCACCAAAGAACACUGUGAGGAAAAAUGCUUGGAAUAGAUAACAAAAAUCUAAUGAAAAAUAUAAUUUCUAAAUUUGAACUGAUUUUUUAUAAAAAUAAAAAAAUACAAUUAUUCCUUUUCAUUCAACCGUUUUA